GUUGCAGCUAGCACUCUAGUAGAAGAUAUGGGUGGUUCCACUUUUUCAUUGAGCCUCAUCUUGAUGCUAACUGCGUCCAUGUUGGCUGUUAGUAUGGCCAACAAAGAUUGGCAUUUUGGCUUUAACUAUACCAAUUGGCCUUUCAAAGGAGGCCCUCCCCAAAGCCAAAAUGAUAUACCAGGACCCAGAAAGAUCGUUGUAGGUGGCUCAGAGAACUGGCAAUUAAACUUUAACUACACCGAUUGGGCUCUUAAAAAUGGCCCCUUUUACCUAAAUGAUACUCUAGUGUUCAAGUAUGAUCCACCAACAAACGACUCCACAAUUCCUCACAGUGUAUACUUGCUACCAAACCUCUGGAGCUUCUUAACGUGCGAUUUAAGAAGGGCAACAAUGGUGGCCAAUACAACACAAGGAGGGGGCGAGGGAUUUGAAUUUGUGCUGAAAAAGUGGCAACCCCACUAUUUUGCUUGUGGUGAGCGUAAUGGCUAUCAUUGCAAGGCUGGGCAGAUGAAAUUCUUUGUCAUGCCACUGUUUCGCCAAUGGCAUUGAUGACGAAGGAGCUAAGGAUGUUUUAUUGCUACGUGCUACCUACUACCUAGCUAGGGUUUUUUCCCCCAUAUUUACUUUCUAAAGUUGUUGCGAGCAAGAUUUGUUUUUAGAUUAUUUCCUUAAGAUAAGCAAUGAGUGCUAAAUAAAUCUAUGAGA